GUGACUGCGCCGCUGCCCGCCAUGCUGCCCGCACUGCCCUCACAGGUGCGUCAGAACUACCACGCCGACUGCGAGGCCGCCGUCAACAGCCACGCCACCCUGGAGCUUCACACCGCCUACGUGUACAUGUCCAUGACCUUCAACCUUGAGCGCGACGACGUGGCCCUGAAGCACUUUGCCCGCUUCUUCCAGCGCCGCUCCAACGAUCAUAGAGAGCGCGCCGAGGGCCUGAUGCGCCUGCAGAACCAGCGCGGGGGUCGCGUCCACUUCCACGACAUCAGUAAGCCAGUCAGCUACGACUGGGAGAGCGGCCUCCAGGCCAUGCAGGGCGCCUUGAGCCUGGAGAAGGAUGUGAACCAGAGCCUGCUCGACCUGCACCAGCUGGCCACCGACAAGAGCGACCCCCAACUGUGUCACUUCCUGCAGGCUCACUGCCUCAGCCGUCAGGUGGAGUUCAUCAAGGAGCUGGCGGAUCAUAUCACCGCGCUGAACAAGAUGGGAGCCCCGGCUUUCGACAUGGCAGAGCACCUCUUUGACAAGUUCACCCUGGGCGAUGGCAACAAGAAGAACUGA